AUGGCACAGGAUUUCCGGGUAGCGAGGUCCGGCGCGGCAUCGCCGUCGGUCUCAUCACCAUCACCAGCAACACCGAUACAGAGCUCCAAGGCGCCGGCGUCUGCGUCGUCAUCGUCCGCCUUCAAGUUCCCCCACUACUACAACUACCCGCCGAUGUUUACUCUCCAGCCGAACCUCGAUACCCGCCGCGCCCAGCUCGACAAGUGGUCGUCGCUUGUCCUGGCCUACUGCCGCCACUACCGCAUAUUUCGACUUGUCGUUGCGCCGCCGACCGGCAGCAAUGCCACUGGCGGAUCGUCGUCGUCGUCUUCAUCGCCAGGGCCGGUGCGGGUAGACGGGGACGAGGCGGCUGCCGCAACCGCAGAUGCCGAUGGCGAGGCACCGAGCGUCGCCUACUACGCGCCCGAUCUGUUCCGCAACCGCACCAUCGACCGCACGAUGCCGGCACGCGAGGUGCGCGAGGUAUUUGAAGAUCUGAGGCGGCAAGGGCGGAUCGAGGUGAUUGGCACAUCGUCGUCGUCAGCCUCCCAUUCCUUAUCAACCACCACAUCGCCCGCCGACCCCUUCUCGUGCUACGUCUUCUGGAAGACACCCGAGGAGUGGGCUGCUGCGAUCGAGGCGUUUGUGGACGAGACAGCCCAGCGGGGCAGCGUGCUGACGCUGUACGAGCUGACGGCGGGCGACGGGACGCGCGGCAGCGACCUGCACGGGCUGGACCCGGUGGUGCUGCAGCGGGCGUUGGCGACGCUGGUGAAGCGCGGCAAGGCGCAGGUGUUUGGCCAGGAAGAUUCGCUUGGCGUCAAGUUUUUCUAG